GUGGAGAGGUCACUCGCAUUGUACUCAGCGAGCUUAGAGAAACUCAAAAACAACAUGCUUCCACCACCAGACUCUAAGCUUAUGGAAGAAUACUCUUCGAGAAAAGAUUCAAAUCUCCCAACUAAAAUCAUCUUAAUCGAGAAGCAAAAGGGACCCCGGAAACUCUUUAGACCGGACCGAGAUUUAACCGAUCUCGAAAUCGUUCAAUACGGCUACAAAUUCUUCAACACUUUCAAAGGUCUUGUUGUUGAUCUAGUUUUCAGUUCUAGUGAGCGAGACGAAAGCAGAGAUUUCUUCAAUGAGUUGAAACCGGGAGCUGCACUAAGGAUUAUUGAAUCCGAGCUUGAUUUUCUAUACGAAUUGAUGUUUACCAAAUCUGCGAUUCUUCAUACGAUAACCGGUACUCUGUUUCGGUUAAUUGCGUUUGGAUCACUUAUUUCUUCCUUCUUUGUCUUCCAUCGUAGGCCGCUUAAGUCUGAGGAAUUUCAUGGAGCAGACAUUGUGAUUACUUACACAUUGUUCAUCGUUGGUAUCGCGCUUGAUCUCCUGUCAAUAGUCAUGUUCUUGUUCUCGGAUUGGACAUAUGCGGUAUUGAGUAAGCUUAAGGAUGAUCCCGGUGAAAAGAAUAGUUUUAUCGACUCUUUACUCAAUUGGUUUCUCGCGGUUAGGAAACUGCGUUGGAAGAAGCAUACAUGCAAUGGAAACCAGACCCCCGAGGUGCUCUCGACAGGGUUUUUGUCACGGAGAUGGUCAGGCACGAUCUACGGAUUCAAUUUCAUCGGAUUUUGUUUGAAAGCCAAAGUUUCAAGAAUCCAUAAGAAGAGAAACUGCAAUGUUUUAGUGUGGGAGUCUGUGGGUUCGAUGUUCGAUUGGAUAAUAAGAAGAAUCCAAAUGAUGUUUAGAUGGAUCAAGAAUGUUAAUAGAUCACUCAGAAGCGUGAUGAGGCAAUGGUCUAAGAAGAAUCCGAUGUUUUGUUAUACGGUUUACCCGUUAUACCUCGUGUUCUUUGCAGGUAUUCCUCAAGUUUUCGCAGUCUUUUGGGGUCAUAUUGAUCGAAUCUUCAGUGUUAAAUCUUAUCUAGACGAGAUUAGGUUCAUUUCGAGAGAGCCUUUGACGAAGAAUCAAUGGGAAUUUAUAUUCAAUGAGAUAAAGAAUAAGUCCUACUUUGCGGAAACACCCGACCUUACAAAGAAAUUGUCUUCGGCGAGAGGAGAGUGGGUUUUACGAGAUAUGAUUCUGGCAGAAAGUGAGAGAUUGAUAGGUUACGUAGAGAAUGUUUCUUAUGAUCAAAGUCUUUGAACCUGAACAAUAAUCUUUAUGUUCAUUG